UGACUCUUUGGAUUCACUCAUGCAUGGUCACACAAUGUGACAGUCCAGACAUGGCUGGAAACGGGAGGCAGCUCCGUUUGACCGAGCCCCAUCUCCGACUCCAAGCCGCCUCCAAACACUGACAACAACGAAGGAGAACUUUUGCGCACGUUGAACGGGCCUGGGACGGAGCAGCACUCACCACCCGCGUGGAGAAGAGUGUGCACGACUGAAUUUGUGCGGCAUCUUUUAUAAAAUAGUUUGAGGAGCUGUCAGAGGCGACAGGUUGCGCGGGUCCACAGGAGGUCUACGCACUCUGAUGAUGGCACCGGUGAAGGCACAAGGAUUUGCUUUUCGUGUUUAAGUAAGACAUCUCCGGUCUGAAGGUAUGACAAAUGAACACUACUGUGCAUAUUAUGUGGGAGUGAAGAAAGAGCAAGUAAACGCAGGAGGGCCUGUUAUCAGGUAAAUUAACGAGGGAGACAAAAGCCUGACAAAGCUCCGGGCGCGUUAAAGGGAGUCUGGGGACUCUGGCACACUCUGUAUUGUGAACCUGCAGCUAUGGCUUUGUAUUUGAACCUGGCUCUGUCUGUUACAUUCACCAACAUGCGACAUAAAUACCUCAAAUACCUGAGAACCCCAGAGAAAUGUAUCCAGUUAUUGAUAAAAUCAAAUAGCUCUGACUCUCUGGGUUUAAUUUCUGAGCUCAUCUCCCCAAUAUUUACACAUCUCUGCACUUAUAUCAGAGAUUUCAAAUGCAAACUGUAGUUGGAAAACACACUCUGAAUCUAUUAGGUCAUUCAUAGUGGUAAUCAGUUGUAUUAAGUUAUCUAAAAACGUUUUUAUUGUGACAUCUGGAGGCAUUUUAAUUAAAAAUAUUAAACCCUCACUGUUUCUUCAUUUGAAAUAAUACUGAAAUUGAAUGAAUAACGAUUUGACUGUAACGUUUUUUCUCUUCCAGGUGUUACACAUAUCGUGAACCCUAGUCGAUGGAUUUAUUACCUUUAAUACAAGAAUAUUUUACCUGUACUUUCUCCAUAGGCUAGAAAAUCUUGAAGCAUGGGCGACUGGAGCUUUCUGGGGCGGCUGUUGGAGAACGCUCAGGAGCACUCAACGGUUAUCGGCAAAGUCUGGCUGACUGUCCUCUUCAUCUUCAGAAUCCUGGUGCUGGGGGCCGCGGCUGAAGAGGUCUGGGGCGAUGAGCAGUCCGACUUCACCUGCAACACCCAGCAGCCUGGUUGCGAGAACGUCUGUUACGACGAGGCCUUCCCAAUUUCGCACAUUCGCUUCUGGGUUCUGCAGAUCAUCUUUGUGUCCACGCCGACCCUCAUCUACCUGGGCCACGUGCUGCACAUAGUCCGCAUGGAGGAGAAGCGGAAAGAGAAGGAGGAGGAGCUGCGCAAAGCGACCAGAUUCCAAGAGGAGAAAGAACUCCUUUAUAGAAAUGGUGGAGAUGCUGGAGGAGGAGGACGCCGCGGCAAGAAGGAAAAGCCGCCCAUCAGGGAUGAACACGGCAAAAUCCGCAUCAGAGGCGCACUGCUGCGUACUUAUGUUUUCAACAUUAUUUUCAAGACCCUGUUUGAAGUGGGAUUCCUUUUGGGCCAGUAUUUCCUCUAUGGCUUCCAGCUGAGGCCCCUGUACAAGUGUGCACGUUGGCCCUGCCCCAACACUGUUGACUGCUUCAUAUCGAGGCCCACUGAAAAGACUAUUUUCAUUAUAUUUAUGCUUGUGGUGGCUUGCGUGUCUCUUUUGCUGAAUUUGUUAGAGAUCUAUCACCUUGGAUGGAAGAAAGUAAAACAGGGCAUGACAAACGAGUUUGCCCCUGACCGCGGGUUGCCUCGCUGCGUCAACAUAGCGGAGCCUGAGUGUUUGGCCUCUGGCUCCAGAACUGCCCCAUCCAGUCACAGCUACCCUCCCAACUACACCGAUGUUACGGCGGGCAGCGGGGCGUUCCUGCUACCCAUAGGGCCGACAGCUGUGCCCUCGGCAGCAGAGUUCAAGAUGGACGACCUCCAGCAAAAGGAGCCCCUCCGCCAGCCCUCGCCAUCUUCCCAUUACUACAUCAGCCACAACAACAACCAUAGGCUGGCCACGCAGCAGAACUGGGCCAAUCUGGCCACUGAGCAGCAGACAAGGGAGAUGAAGGCCACCUCCCCUUCCAAUUCCCCUUCCCCCUCUUCCUCCACCAGCACCGACAACGAGCAGCAGCAGCCGCCCGUCGAUGCUGCGCUUCUUCCCACCAGCAACACCACCAGUAACACCAACAUUACCAACACAACCGCCACUGCCGCCUCCAGCAGCAGCAGCAGCCCAACCGCCACCUCUACCGCAGGCAGCUGGGGCGGGGGGAAGAGCGAGCAGGAGGAAGGCCACGUCACUACCACCACGGUGGAGAUGCACGAGCCUCCAGUAAUGGUCAGUACAGACCCUCGGCGGCUCAGUCGGGCCAGCAAGAGCAGCAGCAACAGGGCCAGGGCGAGCGACCUGUCUGUUUGAAUCCCUUCUUCCACUUUUAUGUCCCUGAACCCUCCCUCGAACACAGCCGAAACACAAAGAUUCUCAGACAAAAACAUAACAACCACACACAUGCAUAAGAAAAGAAAAAGAAAAAAAAAAUCACAAAAAAAGAGGGCGAGGCGACAAGAAACAGGUUAGAAGAAAAGAAUAAAACAAUCGUUGAGGUAAAUGUGAAACGACUCGAUCGGCAGCAGCCGUUGAUUUCGUGCAGUCGGUGAGUUGCAGAGUUGUCGAGGAAAGGUUUGUGUUUUUGCAUGGCGUUCAUCUAUGCACAUAAACUGUGAAGAUGCAGUGAGUCAGAAGGCUCCAUUCCAGCCAAAGACGCUGUCAUGUCAUGCAUCAGAAUGGAUUUGCAUCAUGUUUGGUUAGAGGAGGAGGAUUUCAUGGUGUUUCUCUACUUUUUCUUCUUCGUUGAGCCUGAAAGACGAAUGAUUCUGACUGAAAAGGAUCAUUUGUCCAAACGACCCCUGAAUAUAUUUCCUUUUCAAUCUAAUCAGGAGGAAGCACAAGUAGCUGGUGUUGUUCAGUUAGUCGAUGUGUGGCCAGACAGUGUUAGACCUUUAAGCUGCAGCACUUGCAAUCACCUGUUUUUUUAUUUUAUUUGAAUCAUCCGGGAUGAAUCCCGUUUUUUGUAGUUGCAUGGCAGGAUCUGUAGUCCUGCAACUCACCGACUUGACACGGCGAAGUCGGCUGAGUGGUUUCACCCAGAGACGAUAAAAGUAAAAAGAAUAUUCCUGGAGUCCCCAUUAUGAUGUAAGAUAAGUGAGUUUGUUGACGGGAUAUGAGUCUAAAUUGCAAUCAAAAUUGUGCCGCCAUGCUCUUAGUUUACCGAAGAGGAAAAAUAGGUCCCUGACGCCUGCCUCUGUCAGUAUCGCCUUCGGUCAACGUCUCAGAAACACUUUCCACCUGCUGCACAAACAACAAGAAACUGCCUUAUUAGAAAAUCUCAUACAAAUACACGACAGACGCCAGUGGAAAUGAAAAAAGACAAUUCUCUCCACCUCUUGGCUUCGACUUGAAACUGCUAAUUUUAUUUGUAGUUAGAUUGUUGGCAGGCAAAUCCACAACUACCCCAAACCAAAAAGCAACUGUGGGAGUUUAACUCGUUUUCACCACAACACACGUGCCUCUUCAUCUGGUUUUAUUCUGAAAAGUAUUUAGAUAUUUUUUUUGAACACUGAAUUGAAUUUUACUCAUAAAUUGCAUAACUGUAGUUGUCAGUUUGUGAUUGCGACAAAACUGACACAGCUGCGAUUAAAAAAUAAAGACGACAAAGCGACUGGCGUUGUGAGUAUUGAGACGCCGCGGUGUAGUCGACAGGCUUCUACUUUGUUGUGUUCUUCUUGAUUCUUAGAAACCUUUAGAAAAAAUACCUUUAAAUCAGCACUCACAGUCGUCGUCUCUGUCGUGUCACUGUGCUGUUUGGUUCAUUCAUAUCCCAGGCACUCACUUUUAAAUUACUCUUUUCUUUUAAACCUUUACGACAAUAAUUCAGCCACAUCGGCAUCGGACACAUCGGAACUUGACAGCAGGAUUAAUUAGAGUACCGUAAUGAAACAGUAGUUUUUCAACAGUUUGUGUGCAGGUUAAUACAUUGGAGUAAGAGCAAUGUAGUGGUACCAGCUUUUUUUUUUAUUUUUGUUUGAUUUAAAUACACUUCAGGGGGGGGUAUAAAAAGGAUGGUACUCUUCGGUGUAUCUGUACCCACAAUGUUUCACACGGUUUCUUACAACUUUAAGUGAAAACAGGAACACAGUGAGGAGAAUAUACAGCGACACACAAUGUGUAGCUGAACGCAGCCCUUUCCAAAUCCAUGUUUCUUGUUUAAAAUGACAAAAAAACUGAAAAAGAAAUCUUUGUUGUUUUUACUUUAUUUUUUUGAUUCCUAAAGUUUACAUUUUGGUAGUUGAUAAAGAUUUGCACAUUUAGGAAAAGGAAAGAAAAUUGCUGUUCUACGAUGCUUAUAUUGAUAGAAAUAGAGAUAGAGAGAGAGAGAGAUAAGAGAGAGAGAGAGAGAGAGAGAGAGAGAGAGAGAGAGAGAGAGAGAGAGAGAGAGAGAGCGAGUGAGAGUGAGUGAGAGAGAGAGAGAGAGAGAGAGAGAGAGAGAGAGAGAGAGUGACGUCAAACAAUCACUAUGAUCCUAAAAGGAAAGAAAAUGUCUUAAAAAUAAAAACACACAUCGGCUCUUCAAAGAAAAGUGUUUUAAAUAUGAACUGUUAUUUAUCUCGAGCUCGGACGAGUUUGAAGAUUUAAAGAAUAAAACAACAAAACAGCAGCGAGAGAGAGAAAAAGCAGUAGGGGUGUUUUCUUUGUUCACCCAGUUUGAUCUCCGGUCGGGACGUCACAUCGGACGACUCGACUGCUGAGAACAUGUUAGCUGGGUAGCUGCCCUCCCUCACCCCCCCUGUACGAGGCCCUGACAGGAUGUCGUUGUCGUCCCCCCCCGCCGCCUCCUCUGAACUCUCUCCUCUUUAAGUUCCAUGCAGAGCAUGAUUUCUCUGGCUCGUAAGGGAGUAGGAAAUAUCUCACGAUGCUCAGAACAGCAGCAGCAGACUGUUUUCAAAGCUGUCUUAAACAAGAGAAGUGCCUUGUGUAUGAAUGAUUCUUUUGUAAGAACAAGUUGAUGUAAAUGUUAAUUUACCUCAAAUGUUUACAAAACUGUUACUAAAUAAAUUUUUUGU